AUGAUUACUCUUUAUGUUUUAGAUGAAACGGAAAAAUUUGGACAAAAGCAAAGUCCUAUAAAUAUUUCAUUGGGCAUUACCGAUUUCGACAGCAAGCUAAAAGCAUCGAAACUAAAAUUUGCUUAUACAAUAGGAGAUUUGAAAACAAUUGAAAAGACAAAGAAUGGUUUUUCAUGCAAGACAGGUGGAGAAUGCACUUCAGAAUUAAGCGGUUCGCAUCUUCCGGGGAGGUACAAACUUUGGGAGGUUCAUGGCCAUUGGGGGACUGAAAAAAAUUCCGGCAGUGAACAUUUAUUGAAUGGCAAAGGUUUUUCUGCUGAGCUUCAUUUUGUUUUUCGCAAGAUGAAAUAUGGCAAAUUUGAUAACUGCUUCGACAAACGAGAUGGCUUGACUGUUUUGGCUCUUUUUAUGGAAGAGGAUUCAAAUGACAAUACAGAUUUUUCGCCAGUUAUUAGUGGCUUGCGUAAAUUAGUUAAAAAUUCAAAUCAUGCUGAUCUGGACAAAGAAUUUGAUCUACAAAAUUUACUGCCCAAAAAGUUGUCGUAUUAUUCAUAUGAAGGAUCACUUACCAGCAAACCAUUUGCGGAAUGCGUCAUUUGGACAAUACUCAAACAUCGAAUUACAAUAGGCACUGAUCAGUUGGCAUUUUUACGAGAAAUUAUCCCCAACAAUUGCCGAUCUCUGCAGCCAUUAAACAAACGCCGAGUAAAGCGCUCAUUCAAACUUGUUAAGAAGUCGUCGUCUAAGGAUAAUAAUUGA